GUUAGCGCGCACGCACUUCGGGCAGCCAUGCGGGUACUGGUGGGUGGGGGGACCGGCUUCGUGGGCACAGCCCUGACCCAGCUGCUGCGGAGCCGCGGCCAUGAAGUGACCCACGUCUCUCGGCAGGCGGGCAAGGAUCGGAUCAGCUGGGAGCAGCUGUCCCAGUCUGGAUUGCCCCAGUGCGACGCUGUGGUGAACUUGGCUGGUGAAAAUGUCCUCAACCCUUUCCGCAGAUGGGGCGAUGCCUUCUGCAGGGAGAUCAUCAGAAGCCGCGUUGAGACCACCAAGACCUUGGCCAAAGCCAUUGCUGAUGCUGAGCAGCCACCCCAUGCUUGGGUCGUCGUCACCGGCGUAGGCUAUUACCGCCCUAGCCCCACAGCAGAAUAUACUGAGGACAGUCCUGGGGGGGACUUUGACUUCUUUUCACGCCUGGUGAGCUCCUGGGAGGCUGCAGCUCUCAUCCCUGGGAGCCCAGCUCGUGGUGUUGUGGUGAGAUCUGGAGUAGUGCUGGGCCAAGGUGGUGGUGCAAUCUCUCAAAUGAUCUGGCCCUUCCGCCUUGGACUAGGAGGCCCAGUGGGCUCUGGGCUCCAGCCCUUCCCCUGGAUCCACAUUCGGGACCUGGCUGGGAUUGUGUGUCAUGCCCUGGAGACUGAGGGUCUCCGAGGUGUCUUCAACGGUGUGUCUCCAUCCUCCCCUGCCACCUCCAAUGGCACCUUUGCUCGGGAGCUUGCUGCUGCCCUGGGGCGCCCAGCGCUGCUGCCCAUGCCUGCUUGGGCUGUGCGGGCUGUCUUUGGUGCAGAGCGGGCUGUGAUGCUGCUGGAAGGCCAGAAAGUGGUGCCAAAACACACCCUGGAGAGUGGCUACAGCUUCAUCUUCCCAGAUCUACCAGGAGCACUGAAGGACAUCGUGUCUUGAGGACUCCUUGGUUGGGCUGGGUUGGGCCCUGUUUCUGUGAGCAGCCUGGCUCAUGUGCCUUCCCCUGGGUGAAAGAGGCAAGCCCUGCCCCUUGUUGACACUUCCCUACUACUGUACAAAGAAGAUGAGCAAUCUGUUCCCUUUCUGUCUCCCUUUGUGCAUCCCCAGUUUAGGAGUCAUCCCUCUUACUGUCAUCUGCAGUCUCCACAGGACCUGCUUUUGGGCAGGGGAAUGAGCCCCUCUGAGGGUUGUGAGUGCUGAAUCUGAUCUGCCAUCUUCCCUUUUCCCCUCAUGCUGAUCCCUCAGUGGCUGGCACUUAGUCCUUGCAGCACAAAUACAUGGGAUAGAGUGAGGUUACGCAGCAUUAUGAAAAGGUUUUGU